AUGAGUCAAUGGUCAGAACCGAGCAAGAAAAUAUUCGAAACAGCAGACGUACGAAAUUUCGAAAAGUCAAUAGCCUUUCACGAAUUACUGCAAACCUUGAAUAAAAUUGUCCAUGCUGUACAAGAUAUCAAAGUACCACCAGGAAUAUUGAAUCCAGCUAUAGUAUCCAGGGAUGUUACGGCACUGGAUGUCGACAAAUCAGGUACAACAGGACUAGGAAUCAAUGCAUUCCAAGAUAAUGUUGGACACUUGCUCAGUGUACUACGAGAUCUCGAACAAACCAUUGAUGAUACGCCUCCUGUAUCAGGUCCUACGAGAUUUGGAAAUAUCGCCUUUAGAACCUGGCAUGAAAAGGUGGAGCAUGUAUUGAACUUGCUAACAAAUUUACGUCCCCCUUCCGGAUUAAGCAUAGAUGAUUUCUUAAUUGAAGCAAGGUAUUAUCUUGCCAAUUCAUUCGGUUCAAAGAUUAGAAUCGACUACGGUACUGGUCAUGAACUUUCAUAUUUAGCAUUUAUCGGGGCAUUAAUACGGUACGAUAUCCUCAAAUCUCCAACAGGAGAAGAACUAUUAGUUUUGUUUUCCAAAUACUACGAUCUUGUUCGUCGCUUGAUCCUCGUUUACAAUUUGGAACCAGCAGGUUCACACGGGGUGUGGGGAUUGGAUGAUCAUUUUCAUUUGAUCUAUAUCUUGGGUGCCUCGCAAUUUUGCAACGAUACUACUGCACCAUCUGUAAGAAGCAUUUUAUCGAAAGAAGUACUCAACACGUACAAAACUUCAAACCUUUAUGUUAAUGCAAUUUCAUUCAUAUUCAAGCUAAAGUCGGGACCUUUCAAUGAACAUAGUCCGAUUUUGAACGAUAUACAUGUAUCUGUCUUUUUAUGGACAAAAGUGAGACAAGGGCUUUUGAAGAUGUACAUGGUGGAGGUUCUUGGGAAAUUCCCUGUAAUUCAACAUUUUUGGUUUGGCGAAAAGUUGUAUUCAUGGAUUGACUUGAAUUCAAAAAAGUCACUUCCAGUGAAUUGCAACAAUGAAGCCAAGAAUACAAAGUCUACAGUUGACACGGUGAAUAGUCUGGGUACAAGUGCUCCUUGGGCAAAACGUGACUUUAGUCAUAACACACCCUAUAUACGUAAAUAG